AUGCGCGAUACACCCUCCAGAUUUAUCGAGAUCCUCGAUCCCAAGGACUCAUCCCGAGGAAUGUCCGACUCAGACGUCCGCCUGGAGGAUGUCCUCGCCGACCACGAAGCAACCAUCAAUAGCCGAGCUCGUUCUUCUACACAAUCCUCCGCAAAGCCAGAUAAAUCUCUCUCUCGUACAAACUCGACAUCUCCAACGCCGCGCUGGAAACGCCUGAGCAAUAUCCUUGCGCAACCCCGCCGGAACUCUUGA